GUCUUCUUGGCGUUUGGUGUUGACGGUUUUCACGAAUCUUUUCCAGCGAGUGCGAUUCUCUGUGAGAGAGUGUGAGUGUGUGUGUGUGAGAGCGAGCUUGGUGUGCAUGCUUGUGUGUGUGUGCGACAAACGGAUCAUCAUUAAUAUUGAUAGCAGGCAACUACAAAGUGCAAAACAGUCAUCCAUAGCCAUAGCAACAUGACGACCUACAUGAAGAUAUUCAACGAGCGCAUCUCGGGCCUGGCCAAGGGCGUAGAUGAAACUGUGGACAGUUGGUUUCUGAUGAGCUCACCGGGUCCAGUGAUUACUGUGGUGAUGCUUUAUCUGCUCUUUGUGCUCAAAAUUGGUCCCGAGUAUAUGAAGAAUCGCAAGCCAAUGGAUCUGAAACGCGUUAUGGUGCUCUACAAUGCCUUUCAGGUGUGCUAUUCCAUCUGGAUGUGUCGCACGUCCAUACAGGAGAGCAAUGUUAUGAGCUCGAUCUUCUCCAAGAAGUGCGAAAUUGUGCGCACUCGCGAACAGAACCUAACACUUUACUCAGGCGCCUGGUUCUACUUCUUCUCCAAGAUCAUCGAUCUGCUGGACACCACAUUCUUUGUGCUGCGCAAGAAGAACAACCAGGUCUCAUUUCUGCAUGUCUACCAUCACACCAUUACCGUGCUCUUCUCUUGGGGCUAUCUGAAGUAUGCGCCGGGCGAACAGGGCGUCAUCAUUGGCAUCCUCAACUCGGGCGUGCACAUCAUUAUGUACUUCUAUUACAUGGUCGCCGCCAUGGGACCGCAGUACCAGAAGUAUCUCUGGUGGAAGAAGUACAUGACAUCCAUUCAGCUGAUACAGUUUGUGCUUAUUCUGGGCUACAUGUUGGCUGUGGGUGCCAAGGGCUGCAACAUGCCCAAGACAUUGACCUUCUUCUUUGUGGCCAACACUGUUAUCUUCCUGUAUCUGUUUGGCAACUUCUACCGCAAGACCUACAAGAAGAACAAGGCGCUGGAGGCCAAUGGCAGCGGCAGCGGCCGAGGCAUGAACCUGGCCCAAUCGGCAUUGCGUGCUGCUGGCGGCAUGGGCUGCAUGCCAAUGCAGAGUAAAGUGAACAGCAACAGCAACAACAACAACAACAACGACUGCAGCCAGUUUAAGCCGUACUUGGACCUGAACAACAACAAGGUGAAGCCACUAAAGCAGGAAUAAGCGCAGUGCACUUCCAGCGGGGUUAUAUAUAUGUAUUAAUGUAUAUAUGUAUAUGUUUUGGUCGGGUCUUUGUACGUAGUUUAGCUAUAUAUCAUUGUUAGAGCAUGGCUUUAGUCUAAUGUUACCAUAUUUGUAUAUGAAAUAAUUCUGUAUAAUCCAUAAUGUUUAUGCCAAACAGCAGAAGAUUACAUCCAAAUAUGUAGCUGUAUAAGUGUGUGCAUGGGUGUGUGCGUCUGUGUCUGUAUGUCUGUGUAUGUGUGUUUCGCCUUAAGUACUUAUUGUGAACGCAGCUUUUCAAAAUUUAAUUAAUUGCUUAAUUGUUUUUGAUUCUUAAUUUUGAUUUCUGCAUACAAAAUAAACAAGA